AUGAGCAAUUUUGUUAAAUUAGGACCAACGCCUGAAGAAAGUAGUUCUAUUUUUUACAAUAUCUCUUACUCUCCUUCCAUCAAAGAAAUUGAAAUUAGUUUUAAGGAAGGAAACUUUUCUUUAUUAUCCCAAUUUGGUUUCUUUGAAAAACUUGAAAAAGUAACAAUAACAACUCCAAUCAAUGAUAUUGGAGAUUAUGUAUUUCAAUACUGUCCUAAAUUAGAAAAGGUUGAACUUCCAAGUUCUUGCACUAUAUUAGCAGAUUACGCAUUCAAGGAUUGUGAAUCUCUCUCUAAGAUUAAUUUAGAUCAUAUUGUUGAAUUUGGAACAGGUGCAAUGAGAAAUACUUCUAUUACAACAUUUGAUUUCUCUAAAUUUGAAGAGAAUACAACAGUUCCUUCAGAAUUGCUCCGAGACUGUAAAAAGCUAAAAGAAGUUACAGGAACAGCAACUUUUACUACUAUUAGUUCAUAUGCAUUUUACGGCUGUGAGUCACUUAAGACAGUCAGUUUCCCGAAAGUAAAGUCUAUUGAGUCAUAUGCAUUUGCCGAAUGUUAUAAAUUAGAAUCCUUCGACUUCUCAAAAGUUACAAAAAUUGAUGAAAGAGCAUUUCAGAGUUGCAAGAAAUUAACUUCAAUUUCAAUUACAAAUUACACUACUUGCAGUGAAUAUAUCUUUUCAGAUUGUCAUUCACUUAAAACUUUGGAGUUAACUGGUCUUAAUGAAAUUCCAGAAAACGCAUUUGCUAAAUGCUACAAACUAAACGAAGUCAAGUUUAGUUCUAAUUUGAUGAAAAUUGGAUCUGGGUCAUUUUCAAGUUGUGGAUUCAAAGAAUUGACAAUUCCUGAUUCAGUAAUCAGUAUUGGUGAAAAUGCAUUCUUUAAUAACACCAAUCUUAAAACUGUAACUCUUGGAAAGGGAUUAUGUUUCAUAAAUGCCAAUUGGUUCAAAUUCUCCUCACUUAAGAAACUUAUUAUUCCACCUUCUUUGAAGAGUAUUGGACAACAGAAUUUUAAUUUUAUUGAUGAUCUUGAAAUUGAGUUUUCUAGUCCAAAUCAAAUUUAUGGCUAUGAGUCAAACACUUUGUAUUCGAAGAUAGAUUAUUCAAUUGUUUCAACAAUUGGCUUCCUUGACAAAGUUUAUGAGAUUCCAGAAAUCAUUAAACGCGUUAAAGAGUAUUCUAUACUACGCUUCAUAUCAACAAAAUAUUAUCUAUCCUAUAAGGAAGACCAUGAAGAUGGUGAAGCAAUAUAUUGGACUCAGAGUAACGGUAUUGCUAGUGCCGCCAUUAUUAAAGUUCCAUCUAAUCAAAUACAAUUUGAUAAAAUCAUGGCAAAAGAAUAUCCAGAUAACAACUACGAAAGUUCAUGGACCUAUGGAGGAAGAUCCAUCCAUCUCAACAGUAUAUGCUAUGAAGGUGAAUAUCCACUCACAGAAGGCCAAUAUUUAGAGAAUUAUUUCGGCACAGAAAAUUAUUUAUAUGAUGAACUUUUAGGUUCUACCUAUAGUAAUAAGAAGUGUUCAACCAAGCUAGCUGAUGCAUUUAAAUGGCGACAUAUCUACAAAAUGAGUAGUGCAGAAAUCGGACUCACAGCAUUUGUAGUCAUUGCAGUCAUUAUAGUCAUCAUCCUCGUUGUUCUCAUUAUCCUUAAGAAAGCAUCUGGUGGUGGUAGCAGCAGCAAGAACAACGACAAGAAAUCCAGUUCUGGAAGUGCUAAGAAGGACUCUGGAUCCGGAAGUGGAGGAAAAGAUGCUGCUGAAGUUUAA